AUGGAUCGUGAAUGGAGGAGAAAAUGGACACUCAGACCCGAGCUGAGAGCGUUCCUUGAAGAGGAAUCUGUCCCUGCAUCCAGCUUCAGUACAAAUCUGAGUCAUUCACAGUUGAGUGCUGAACAAAUCGAGAAAGAGAGGAUCGUUAUCUCAUCGGAUGACGAAAAUUCUAAGCCCUGCAAGAAGAAGUGUACCAAGGCCAGCGCAAAGAGUAUCAAGACCAGCGUGAAUAAUGCCAAGGCCAGCGCAAAGAGUAUCAAGACCAGCGUGAAUAAUGCCAAGGCCAACACGAAGAAUCUUUCCCCCAGCAAGGAGAAGGAAGUAUCCAACGAGAAGGUUACCAAGGCUGCGGACAACAAGCUCUCCAGUGAUGAUGGGGAAGAAUGGGAGGAGUUGAAUUGA